AUGGCGAGGCUCAGCCGGCGCGUCCCUUGUACCCUGCUGCUCGGCCUGGCCGCGGUGCUGCUGAAGGCGCGGCUGGUCCCCGCGGCCGCUCGAGCCGAGCUCAGUCGCUCCGACCUCAGCCUCAUCCAGCAACAGCAGCAGCAGCAGCAGCAACGGCAGCGGGAGAAGGCUGAGGAGGAGAGGCCAGAGGUGCCGGGGGCAUCCUCCACCGUCACUGUUCCAGUGUCUGUAUUUAUGCUGAAAGUGCAGGUGAAUGACAUCAUCAGUCGUCAGUACCUGAGUCAAGCAGUUGUAGAAGUGUUUGUAAACUACACGAAAACAAAUUCCACAGUAACUAAAAACAAUGGAGCAGUGUUGAUAAAAGUACCCUAUAAAUUAGGACUCAGCUUAACCAUUAUUGCUUACAAAGAUGGCUAUGUGUUGACACCUCUGCCUUGGAAGACCGGAAAAAUGCCAAUAUAUUCAUCAGUUACACUUUCACUGUUCCCGCAAAGCCAAGCAAAUAUAUGGCUCUUUGAAGACACUGUUUUAAUUACUGGGAAAUUAGCUGAUGCCAAAUCUCAACCAAGUGUUCAGUUUUCAAAAGCCUUAAUUAAACUACCCGACAACCAUCACAUUAACAAUGUAACAGGCUAUCUUACAGUUCUACAACAAUUUUUGAAAGUGGACAAUUUCCUGUAUACAACUGGAAUUACUCUCAAUAAAUCAGGUUUUGAAAGUCUUGAAUUGACUCCUCUUGCUGCAAUAUGUGUGAAAAUAUAUUCUGGAGGAAAAGAAUUAAAGGUGGAUGGCUCUAUUCAAGUUUCUCUCCCCCUUCUACAUACAAAUGAUAUAAGUGCAGGGGAUCACAUACCUGCCUGGACAUUUGAUAUGAACAUAGGUGCUUGGGUAAAUCAUGGCCGGGGAACAGUCAAGGCGUAUAAUAAUCACUUAAUUUGGACAUAUGAUGCACCACAUUUGGGCUACUGGAUAGCAGCUCCACUUCCAGGAACUAGAGGUUCAGGUAUAAAUGGAGACUCAAGGGACAUAACUGCCUACCACACGGUGUUUCUCACAGCCAUAUUAGGAGGCACAGUAGUCAUUGUCAUUGGAUUUUUUGCUGUGCUGCUUUGUUAUUGCAGGGAUAAGUGUGGUACUCCACAGAAAAGAGAAAGAAAUAUCACUAAACUCGAAGUCCUCAAGAGAGACCAGACAACUUCAACCACACACAUAAAUCAUAUCAGUUCAGUCAAAGUUGCAUUAAAAGCUGAGGAAAAGUCACAGUUAUUUAAUGCCAAAAACUCCUCAUAUAGCCCUCAGAAAAAGGAGCCAUCAAAGGCAGAAGCAGAAGAAAGAGUUUCCAUGGUAAAAACUCGGGACAAUUUUAAAAUCUACAAUGAAGAUGUUCCAUUUCUAUCAGCCAAUCAAAACAAUCACUCAAGAAACCCAGCACAGUCUUUGGAGCCCACUGUAGGGUCCAAACAACCUAAACAUUUUAACAACAAUCUAUCUUCAUCUCUAGGUGAUGCACAAGAGGAAAAGAGAUACCUCACAGGUAAUGAGGAGGUGUAUGGACAUUCCCACAUUCCUGAACAGCUUAUGCAUCUCUACAGCCAACCCAUUGCCAUUCUUCAAACGUCUGACCUUUUCUCCACUCCAGAGCAGGUACAUGCUGCUAAGUCAGCUACUCUGCCAAGAAAGGGACAGUUAGUCUAUGGCCAAUUGAUGGAACCAGUAAGCAGAGAGAACUUUACACAGACAUUGCCCAAAAUGCCAGUGCAUUCUCACGCGCAGCCCCCAGACGCCAGGGAAGAGAAUAUCCCACUCGAAGGGCAACAGAGCCUGCCAUCGCAAACUUCAGAUUGGAGCCGGUAUUCAAACAGCUUACUAGAAUCGGUUUCUGUUCCUGGAACACUAAAUGAAGCUGUCGUAAUGACUCCCUUCUCAUCAGAGCUUCAAGGAAUUUCAGAACAGACCCUGCUGGAGCUGUCCAAAGGAAAGCCUUCCCCCCAUCCCAGAGCAUGGUUUGUGUCUCUUGAUGGAAAACCAGUCGCACAAGUGAGACAUUCCUUUAUAGACCUGAAAAAGGGCAAGAGAGCCCAGAGCAAUGACACGAGUUUGGACUCUGGGGUGGACAUGAAUGAGCACCACUCAAGUAGAAAACUCGAGAGGGAGAAAACUUUCAUCAAAAGCAUGCAUCCGCCUAAGAUCCUUUACUUAGAAGAUUUAGACCUAAGCAGUAGCGAGAGUGGGACCACUGUUUGCUCCCCUGAGGACCCGGCUUUAAGGCACAUCCUAGACGGAGGGAGUGGGGCUAUCAUGGAACACCCUGGGGAAGAGUCUCCAGGAAGAAAAAGCACUGCUGAAGAUUUUGAAGCCAAUAUAUCCCCCACGAAGAAAAGGGGCAGACCACCACUAGCCAAAAAGGAUAGCAAGACUAAUAUCUGGAAGAAGCGCGAGGAACGCCCACUGCUUCCCAUAAAUUAACACCGAGGGUGGUUGUGUCUCCGCUGUCUCGUGUUGUUUAUUCUUUGCUUCUUGUAAAUUGCUGUAUGAACUUUUUAAGAAGUUGAGACUGAGCAAGCUCAUGGUCCCUGGACAUGUCUCAAGCAGAGUAAAUAGUAAAAUGGCAAUUCACUAAUGAAAGAGAAAGAUACCAAGAAAUACUUUUUCUGCCCUAUUUUCAUUUAUUUUUGGGUGAUGAAUUUGAAGUAUCCAAGAGCUCAAAAUGUAAAGUAGUUUCAGGCCGUUAGUUAUCUGAAAAUGUUGCUCAUUCAGCCAAUUUAGCCCUCUUAAGAAUAACAGUGAAAUGUGUACUCCCCUAAAGUUGCUUUCAGAAAUGUUGCCUCUGCUUUGAUGCCUGCCCCUGUCAAACAUUUAGAAAUGAAACUGUAUUCUUUGGGCAUCAUAGUCUUGUGAAAUAUUACUGUUACGUUCUCCUCUGCCUAUAGGUGAAAAUAACGAUAAAUGUUCUCUAUUGGUGUUAUUCUAGAAUUUAAAGGCCAAACAAUAUUUCCUUUCUGCAGUAAACGGCAUGUGCAUUGUAUCAACCCCAAAAUAAAUCCUACUCCUGUAAGAUAGGAAGCUGCUUGGUUGGUAGAGAGGGAAACAGCAGCUCUUUGGUUGUUUCUGGAUAUAACUUCACAGAAUCAGAUGUUAACUUGUUAUUUAGAAAUCUGAAAAAUGAACGCUCUGAUACUUUAAUUUUUAUUUAAAAUUUUUUUUCCCUGCUUCUAUAGUGAAAUGAGCUUAGCUGUCAAGGAAAACUUUUAGCAAUCUGGAAAAAAAAAAAGCCUCUAUCUUUAAGACUCACUGAUACAUGUAGGCUAAAAUCAGCUUUAGGAUAGUUUUUCUAUCCCCCUGCCAUUCAUUCAUUUUAAACUUGAUUUAAAAUUUAAUAUUUAGGUGAUCAUAGGAAACUUUCAGUUUAUUAACAAAAUAUGUGAAGCUAAAGGAAAUGAACGUUUCAUUUUUU